AUGCCACAGCCUAAUUACACUUUUGUUACCAAAUUCCUCUUUGAAGGUUUCUCCAGUUUUGGGUGGCAGCACAGGCUUGUCCUUUUUGUUGUUUUUCUACUGUUGUACCUGGUGACACUGUCUGGCAAUGUGAUUAUUGUGACCAUUAUUCUCCUGGACCGUCACCUUCAUACUCCCAUGUACUUUUUCCUGAGCAUACUGUCGAUCUCUGACACUUGCUACACUGUGGUCAUCAUUCCUCGUAUGCUUUAUGGUCUUCUGUGUCCUCAGAAAAUGAUUUCCUUUGAAGACUGUGCCACCCAGCUCUUCUUCUAUCUAACUUUUGGCAUCAACAACUGCUUCUUACUUAUGGCCAUGGGAUAUGACCGCUAUGUGGCCAUCUGCAAUCCCUUAAGGUAUUCACUUAUCAUGGGCAAGAGGGCUUGUGUCCAGCUGGCUUUGGGAUCACUGGGAAUUGGCUUGAGCAUGGCCAUUGUCCAGGUAAUGUCUGUGUUUAGUUUGCCCUUUUGUGAUGGCUUUGUCAUCUCCCACUUCUUCUGUGAUGUGAGACCCCUGCUGAAACUGGCCUGCACAAAUACCACUGUCAAUGAGAUCAUCAACUUUGUUGUCAGUGUCUUUGUCCUUAUUCUACCCAUGUGUGUGGUUUUCAUCUCCUACGUCCUCAUUAUCUCCACCAUUCUUAAGAUUGCUUCAACAGAGGGUAGGAAGAAGGCCUUUGCCACAUGUGCCUCCCACCUCACAGUGGUCACCAUCCACUAUGGCUGCACGUCAAUCAUCUACCUCCAGCCCAAGUCCCAGAGUUUCCUGGGGCAGGACAGACUCAUCUCAGUGACCUACACUGUCAUCACACCCCUGUUGAACCCUUUGGUGUACAGCCUGAGAAACAAGGAGGUCAAAGAUGCUCUGCGCAAAGCUUUGCGAAGAAAGCCAAUCUCCACUUAG